AUUUCGAAGCAAUUACACCCACCCCACGAAUUGUCACAAGUUCACCAUUUUCCCACCACCUUUUUCUUCCUUCACUAAGAAAAAAGGAAAACCCAAAACAAACCCUUCAUAUUCAAACUUCAUAUACUCCAUUUUUUGCUUCAAACUUCAGACAUUUGAAAGUAAAAGGGAAGAAAAAAAGGAAAAUGGCGGCAUACAGAGCUGAAGAUGACUACGAUUACCUGUUCAAAGUAGUAUUGAUUGGUGAUUCUGGGGUCGGGAAAUCUAACCUUCUUUCUCGUUUUACUCGCAAUGAAUUCAAUCUUGAAUCAAAGUCUACCAUCGGGGUUGAAUUUGCUACUCGUAGCAUCCAUGUUGAUGAUAAGAUCGUCAAAGCUCAGAUUUGGGAUACUGCUGGUCAGGAAAGGUAUCGUGCUAUCACAAGUGCAUAUUACAGAGGGGCUGUUGGUGCUCUACUGGUGUAUGAUGUUACGAGGCAUGUGACGUUUGAGAAUAUCGAGAGAUGGUUAAAGGAAUUGCGGGAUCAUACAGAUUCAAGCAUUGUGAUAAUGCUUGUAGCUAAUAAGGCCGAUUUGAGACACUUGCGUGCUGUUUCCACCGAAGAUGCCAAGGCCUUUGCAGAAAGAGAGAACCUCUUCUUCAUGGAAACAUCUGCCCUCGAGUCUCUGAACGUCGAAAACGCAUUCAGCGAAGUCCUCACCCAAGUAUACCAUGUUGUCUGUCGUAAAGCUCUUGAUGUCGGGGGUGACCCAACAGCUUUGCCCAGGGGUCAAACCAUUGAUAUCGGAAAGGAUGAUGUCUCCGAAGUGAAAAAAGUCGGUUGUUGUUCUGCCUGAUAUGAUCUCGUCAUACAAGAAAUUUUUGUAAAGUGCUCGCAUUAGUUGUGGGUUUUGUGAAAAUCAUUCCAAAUACACACUCAAAUUCAUGUUAAGACUUUGAACUUUAAAGAGGGCAAAUGAUUUUUAAAGACCCUGUUGAGAUGUAAGUUUUUCCUCCUUUUUCUGUUAAAGGCAGAUUCUGUUUGUUCUUCAUAUACUAUUUACAUUUUACAGUGCUAAUACUAAUAGUAUAGACAUGAUUUCAGAAUGAUGAUUUUUGUAAAGCAGUGAUAUAUUCAUAUGACUUCAAUUUAAA